CGGACUUGCAUCGGGUGCGCCUUCUCGAGCUGCCCGCUGAGCUGCUGGCCCUGCUUACGGCGGAAAAUCCACCCAGGUCCGCGUCCGCCUCCACAGAUUGCUAGCCUACCGCCGUGGCCGGUUCACAUUGCUAAUCCCCCUUCCAUCAAGCCACAGCCUACAAAUCAAGUCCAGGGAGGUUGUCAAUGGCAACAAUGCAAAGGAAGCCCAUUCGGUGCUCUGUACCCCCAACCAGACUUAUCAGAUACGUCAAGUUAGCACCUCCAACAGCGUCUAUCUCAUCCGACCCCACGAUAUACCCGAUCCGAGUGGAGGGGUUCCCACGACCGGAGUUGAAGCCGUCUCCAAGUGUGACACUACCAUUGAACUACUGCCAACUGCGCCCUCCUCCGCUGCCCCAUACAUCAAGGCUGCUCUUCCAAUUUACGCGUCAACCGGGAAUUACGGCACUGGAGCGUCCAUCACAAAGCGCGAGCUGUUUUCACAUAUUCCCCUCAGCCAAGUCGAGUGCGAGGAAGGAUGGCGCGAACUGGCCUGUUUUGAGUCGGAAGACCCUCCAGGCAGUUACAUCCCGAGCGCCAAGGUAAAGGCCGAGGUAUGGCAAUCCGCCAUGACCGUGGCAGUGGCAGAUGGCAUCGCGGUCGAUUCUCCCUUUCCAGAGAACGAUAUACCCCCAUUUGCCAUUGACCUUCCCGGUGACUGGCCACAGGGACUGGUGCGCAGCGUGUUCUCGAGUGUAUCGACCUCCACGCCGGGCGGGCACCUGGCUAUCGAUAAACAGAGAGCCGUCAACUUCGCGGGUGUCAACCUGCUCCAGGCAAAGUCAGAGGGUAGAGCAAUCGAUGCCAUCCGCUUCCUCCAAGUCUGGCGUGAUGCCAUGCCCGAGGCGUGGAGAGACGGUUGUGAGUUCGCCGUCCUACAAGGCUACUACACCCUGACAGACCAUGCCAAAUCCAUCAAAUACGUCGACACGACCGCCGCAGCAACCGCUGCACUCGAAGCCACAGCAAAGGAAGCAAAGUCUCUCGGCGCCAAAAGAAAAUGGCACGAAAAAUUUCGCGCUUCUUCCAAAAAGACGGCCUGAAUAUGUCUAUAAUCUCAAAUAAUGACCACACCCCAUCAAAUUAUGAUACCUUAUAAC